AUGAGUGUAUCCAGCUUCGAAUGUUUAUUGAAGUCCUUAGAACCACACAUACGAAAAAACUAUACUAAUAUGAGGAAUCCAGUGGAACCAGUAGAAAUGCUGGGAAUCACUUUAAGAUACCUAGGAAGUGGAAAUUCAAUAACUGAUUUACAUUUCAAAUUCAAACGGGGAAAAUCUACUAUUGCAUAUAUAAUACAAAGAGUUUGUCGUGCUAUAUGGACCAAUCUUCUUCGAGACAACAUCCCUGAACUGACAACUGAAAGUUUCCAAACAAUAGCGAGGGGUUUUGAUGUAAAGGCAAAUUUUCCUCAAUGUGUUGGUGCCAUCGACGGCAAACAUAUCCGCGUGUGUAAUCCUGCAAAUAGUGGCUCACUUUUUUUUAAUUAUAAAGCCUUUUUUUCGAUUGUGUUGCUAGCUAUUGUGGAUUCAAAUUACAAAUUCGUAUUUGUCGACAUCGGUGCAUACGGAAAAGAAUGCGAUUCAACCAUAUUACAAAAUUCUAAACUGUACGAGCUAAUGAUUAACAACAACUUACCACUACCUCAACCCCAGCCACUCUCUGGUAGCAAUAUACCAACCCCGUAUGUAUUUGUGGGUGACGAAGCUUUUGGACUGAGCAAACAUAUUAUGCGUCCAUAUGGCGGUCAAAAUCUCGACUUACAACAAAAGGUUUUCAAUUACCGUCUAAGCAGAGCCAGAAGAUAUGUCGAAUGCGCUUUUGGGAUUAUGGCUAACAAAUGGCGCAUUUUUCACAGACCGAUAGACGUGUCCUAUGACUUCGCUACUGACAUUAUAAAAGCAUGUUGUGUAUUACACAAUUUUGUCGCUGAUCGAGAUGGUUUUAGACAAAGAGAUAAAUUUGCUAUAAGUGUUGAUGAAUUUCUCCCAAUACAACCCGUACAUGAAGAACAGACAGCACCGAAUGUCAUAAGACAGCAAUAUGCGACCUAUUUUAUGACUAGAGGAACUCUGCCUUGGCAGCUAAAUAAGGUAUAAUUGUAUUAUGAGGGUUUUCAAGAUUUUCUU